AUGUUGUACCUAUGGCUAUGCCUCUCCAUGCUGCUACUCGGUUUUCACGGCAGCGUCCAUGGUUACAUGAUUGAUCAAGACUGUGGAGAGGACACACAAUUUGUUAAAGACAGGAUUGAUACGGCCUUUCGACUGAUUGCAAAUGCUGUGACCGAACUCAACAGGGACCCUAUCAAUGUGGACGUCGAUGACUGGCAUAAUGAACUGUUUGGCCGACGCUUUGAUCCAGAGUACACGGGAAUUAUCAAAAAACGCUUCGUAGCCUUGUCACGGUUAAGUCAGCACAACAAUAAUGAUCAGACUUCGAUCGCCCAGAAUAUCGUAGACGUUCGCGUCUACUGCACCGUCAAGCGAAUUGGAAAGAACAAGGAGGGAAUAUACAUAAACAAAGAUCGCAACGUUGCCUAUGAGAAAGGAGAUCUGUCGAAGCCAGGUGGACGAUUUGGGAAUUGUUACGAUAUCAAAGAUCCCACCAUGAUGGUCACACUAACCGCGGGAAAAGAGUUCUCCGAGAUCCAGAUUUGUCCUUGGUACCUACGCAAGGCCCGCGGUUUCAAAUUCAAAGAUCUUGCUGAUAUCCCAGCAUCCAUCUAUUCAGCUCUCGGCAAGGUAGCGAUUCCAACAAUGGCGAAAUUGAAAUACACACCAAUCGACAUUUUCCUCCUAAUGGACAAAGUUAUUGUGCACGAGCUGACGCAUACGGAACAAGCGUUCCCAGCGACGAAAGACCUCGACCCCAAGCCAUAUGGCCUAAAAAACGCGAAGAAGCUAGUUUUGAUAUAUAACCAGAACCCCGAGGCUCAAUUUGAUCCUCUGCAAAAUGCAGACUCCAACUCGCUGUUUGCAGUUGGCACUUGGCUCAUUGUUCAACCUGACGGCGGACCUAUUAACCCAGAUGGCACAUUCAGAAAGCCACAGACUACACCAAAAGCGAAGAUCUAA